CCCCAGUCAGAGGCAUUUCGUCGAACACCGCCAACGCAGCCAUGCUCCUCACCAAACCCCAAGUCUCCAACCCGCUCCUCCCGUCCGCGCCGCCCUCCAACCCCGCUCCCAGCUCCAGCCAUGCCAGGCCCCUCGCCGCCCGCGCCGCCCGUCGCGGCCGCCUCCGCGUCUCCGCCGGGCUUAGCCGAGUGGACGUGCUCUCGGAGGCGCUCCCCUUCAUCCAGCGCUUCAAGGGCAAGACGGUGGUGGUCAAGUACGGCGGCGCCGCGAUGAAGACGCCGGAGCUCCAGGCGUCCGUGAUCCGCGACCUCGUCCUCCUCUCCUGCGUCGGCCUCCGCCCCGUGCUCGUCCACGGCGGGGGGCCCGAGAUCAACUCCUGGCUGCUCCGCGUCGGCGUCGAGCCGCAGUUCCGCGACGGCCUCCGCGUCACGGACGCGCUCACCAUGGAGGUCGUCGAGAUGGUGCUCGUCGGCAAGGUCAACAAGAACCUCGUCUCCCUCAUCAACCUCGAGGGGGGCACCGCCGUCGGCCUCUGCGGCAAGGACGCCUGCCUCAUCACCGCGCGCCCGUCCCCCAACGCCGCGGCCCUCGGGUUCGUCGGCGAGGUCGCGCGCGUCGACGCCACCGUCCUCCACCCCAUCGUUGCCUCGGGACAUAUCCCGGUCAUCGCCACCGUGGCCGCCGACGAGACUGGGCAGGCCUACAAUAUCAAUGCCGAUACGGCGGCCGGGGAGAUCGCCGCUGCCGUGGGCGCCGAGAAGCUGCUGCUGCUCACGGAUGUGUCUGGGAUACUGGCGGACCGUAAUGAUCCGGGGAGCCUGGUGAAGGAGAUUGACAUCGCCGGGGUGCGACAGAUGGUGGCCGACGGGAAGGUGGCAGGUGGAAUGAUACCCAAGGUGGAAUGCUGCGUGCGAGCCCUCGCACAAGGUGUGCACACUGCGAGUAUCAUUGAUGGGCGCGUUCCACACUCGCUACUGCUUGAGAUUCUCACAGAUGAGGGUACUGGCACCAUGAUCACUGGCUGAGGUGGUUAUGACUUGUGGUAUUUUCUUGCGUCUCUCUGCUCUUAGCCAUGUAUUUUAUGGUAAUGUAGACUUGACUCAAGAUUGCAAUAAGAAUGCAUUACUCACAUUGUGAGAAAAUUAGUUUGGUUGA